AUGUGUCCCCCACCAGGGUUUCAGACUAACCAGGGCCAGGAAACCGAUUUAAGAGCUAUGAUGCAGCAAAUGCUACUUGGACAAGCAAAUGGGCAGCUUGAGACAACAAAGAAGUUGGCUGAGUUAACUCAGAGACUGGAUUCUUCUUAUCAUGAUUUGCAUCUCAAGUUUAACACCCUGCAAUCAAAGAUGAUGACCAUUGAAAGUCAAAUGAAGGGAAAAGCAAUUGAACAAACAACUGAGUUUGCUAAUGCCAUUAAUCUUCGAAGUGGCAGACAACUACCAGAAAGGAUUGGUAUUUUGCCACUCACUGAGGACAGUGAUAUUCAAGAUGGGGAGGAGUUUCAACAAGAAACAACUCAGACUGAAAAACAGGUGGAGUCCGAGCAACCACUCGACCAGCCACUCGAACCCUCACACGAUCGAGUACCUGAUCGAGCAGGAAGUCGAGUACCUACCCAGGAAAAGCUCGACCCAGCUGCUACCAAGGAAAAAGAAGUGUGGUUCAUCCCACCCCCUUAUAAGCCUCCACUACCUUUCCCAGGAAUAUUUAAGAAGCAGAUGGUUGAAAAGUAUAAAGCACUGUUUGACAAACAAGUUAGAGAAAUUGAGGUUAGGAUGCCUUUAAUAGAUGCCUUUGCUUUGAUUCCUCCCUAUCAGAAAUUCCUGAAAGACGCUGUAAUGGAAAGGAUCAAAGAAGUUCAAGGAAUGGUAGUUCUUAGCCAUGAGUGUAGUGCUAUAAUCCAAAAACAGGUAAACCCACAGAAGUUAAGAGAUCCAGGUUCUUUCAGAUUGCCUUGCUCCAUUGGUCCUCUGACUUUCAACAGAUGCCUCUGUGAUUUGGGAGCUCCAAUCAGCCUAAUGCCUCUGUCAGUUCCAAAACGCCUAGGGUUCACAAGGUACAAGCCAUGCAAUAUAUCCCUGAUCUUAGCUGAUAGAUCAGUAAGAUUCCCACAUGGUGUUUUGGAGGACUUACCAGUAAGAGUUGGAACAGUAGAAGUCUCAAUAGACUUUGCUGUUCUGGAAAUGGAUGAGGAACCUAAAGAUCCUCUGAUCCUAGAAAGACCAUUUCUAGCCACAACAGGAGCUAUUAUAGAUGUAAGGAAGGGUAAAAUUGAUCUCAACUUGGGAGAGGACUUCAAGAUAACAUUCGACGUUUUAGAGACCAUGAAGAAACCAACAAUUGGAGGACAAAUCUUUUGA